UUAAUUUCUUAGAUUGAUCUUAAAAUUUAAGAUGGUUUGUUCAUUGAAGAUUCUUCUUCUUCUGCAUGAAUAGUCUGCUGAAAUGUUGUUGUAAUACCCAACUAACAACCCUCUUCUUCAACAUAUGACCAAAGCUUUAUAUAUUCUAAUGUGCCAUCAUGUUUCUCUGCGUUCAGUUCAAAUUGGUUUGUUUGAGAUUCUGCAUUUCUGCACAUACGGUGUUUGUGUUAUUUCCUCUGGAAUAGACGGGGUUAUAUAUCCAUUAUCGACCAUACAAAACCGGAAAUAUGGCAUCGGACAAACUGCAAUCAAGUGUGGUAGACAAGACUUCGCAAAAUGAUGAGCAGCAAGUGAAGGUGAAUGAGGUUAGAGAGAUGAUAGGUUCUACCGCUAAUGAGCUACCGACGUUAUUCUCAGAUGCUUCAAUAUUGCGCUAUCUCAGAGCAAGGAAGUGGAAUACAAAAAAGGCAUGCCAAAUGUUAAGGGAAACGGCAAAAUGGAGAAUGGAGUAUAAGCCAGAACAGAUUUGCUGGGAUGAGAUUGCUCAUGAAGCCGAAACUGGAAAGACAUACAGGUCCAACUAUCCUGACAAGUAUGGAAGGACGGUUCUUGUUAUGAGACCUGGAUUGCAGAAUACAUAUUCAACAAGCGGGCAGAUGAAGUUCCUGGUUUAUUGCAUGGAGAAUGCCAUAAUGAACUUGCCUCCUAGUGAGGAGCAAAUGGUGUGGAUAAUUGAUUUUCAAGGAUGGAAUAUGUCGAGCGUAUCAAUUAAAACAACACGGGAAACAGCUCGUAUACUGCAGGACCAUUACCCUGAAAGGCUGGGACAAGCCAUCCUCUACAAUCCUCCAAAGAUCUUUGAGUCCUUCUGGAUGUUAGUGAAACCAUUUUUUGAAGCGAGGACAUCUAGCAAAAUAAAAUUUGUGUAUUCCAAUGACCCUGAAAGUCAGAAGUUUAUGGGAGACCUCUUCGACAUGGAGAAGCUAGAGUCUGCAUUAGGUGGGCAGAACCCAAAAGCGUUUGACUGUAAAGAGUAUGGCGAAACAAUGAGAGAGGAUGACAAGAAGAUUCAUAGCAUUUCGUCAGUUCAGUAACGACUACUCUGUCGAAGGGAAGAUAACAGGACAGGAAGGCCAGAUUGGUCACAACAUAGUGGUUCACCGGACUUAUGUAACACAAUUACACAAAUAAGCCAGGCUAAGAAAUAUGUUGAAAAAAUGAAUUAGUAUAAAUAAUAUGUACGCGUGCACUUGGUUUAAAAAUUUGAACAUUGGAUAUUCAUUGGGGUAAUUCAUGGGCUUUCUCCUUUUUUCAUUUAUAAUCUUGCUAAUCAAUAUAUUAGAGGAAUUCACAGAGGUAA